AUGACACUGAGUGAGGCCGAUAAAAGAAUUUUGGUAUACGGGAUCAGUUGUGCAUUUUUUCCGGGAUCAAAACGCGGAAAAAAUAUGCCUAAAAAAGUAGGUCGAAGAACAAUGACAGAACGUUAUAAAAUUGAUGAAUAUAAUCAAGAAAUUUCAGAUAUGUAUAUGCCAUCAUAUUUUCAAAAUCGUUCACCAGCAUCGCCACUACGGUUGCACAACGAUGGAGAAUGGUCAGACAAUCGAAUUCGAACAAGUGAACCUAGAAUUUUGGCUACUACUGUAUUACCUCAAUCGCCAAUUGUAGAUUCAAAAACAACAUCUAUUCAAUCAAUCGAUUAUGUUAAAAUGUUUGAUAAUGAGGAUGAAUGUGUCGAUUAUUUAACAGAUUUUGAUGGCAAUAGUGUAUUAAUUAUAUCACCUCAAUGGGCACAAUAG